AUGACCAUAGUUGUGCGAUUGCAAGGCCUAGAUGUGAAGGCAGGUACUGAAGAUAUACGAAAAUUCUUUGAAUACCUUCACAUACCUGAUGGUGGAGUGUACAUAUUGGGGGGAAGUCUCAGAGAGGCAUUUAUUGCCUUCACCACUGAACAAGAUGCCCAGCUUGCCAUGCGGCACACUGGGAAAAACCUCAAAGGGUCUAAAGUGUCUCUACAUAUAAGCAGCAUGACAGCGCUGGAGCACAAGUUGAAAUUGUUGUUAAAGGGGAAGAAACCCUUGCCCGCCAGGCUUAUUGUCAAGAGACCUCAGCCAUCUCCAGAGCACAAGUUCAAGACUAAUUUAACGGAGAAGAAACCCACCCCCACCAGGCUUAUUGUUAAGAGCCCUCAGUCAUCUCCAGAGGAGAAUCUGCUACCUUUGAAUGGGUGGCCUCUUGAUGCCAAUUCUGCAAGUCUACCUUCCUCUACUGCAGCUCCACCACCUUCUACUGCAGUGUCACAUGGCCCCAGUACUGCAAAUCUACAAACUUCAAAUGUUCAUUCACUUGAUUCCAAUGCAGCCUUACUUCUUGGGGUUUGUACUGUCCUCAAAAGUCUCCAGUCUUCCAAUGAAGGUGAAAACAAUGAAGCGGUGCCAAAGGUUGAUCCUCUUCAGGCUUAUGACACAGUUGUUGCUUCUAAUGAGGUGAGGAAACCAGAGCAAACUCAGACAUCAAGGCCAUGCUAUGUAAGGCUCUUUGGUCUGCCAGCCUCAGUUACAAAAGAGGACAUCUGCCAUAUUUUCAGAGGGUUGAAAGUACAGGAAACCAUAGUGAAUGUGAUGUUGGGACUCAGCCAUGGCUGCCUUGUAAAGUUUGCAAACAUGCAGGAUGCACAUGAAGCUCUUUUCUUCAAUCAACAAUCACUGGGCUCCAACUGUGUGGAGGUACGUGGAGCAACUGAGAGGAUGUGGACCAGUGCACUACAAGAAUGUGAAACAGCUUUUGAUGUUGAGGACAGUGUGAAAGCCAAGCAAAACCCUCACAGUGAAAGUGCAAACCACAGACAUAAAUUCAUUUCUACAUUGCAAAACAAAAGAAGAUCUGUCAAUCGGUUUCCAGUUCCUGAUUGUGACUCAUCAACUCCCAUGUCAGUGACUAUGGAGUACAUUGUCAUGGUCAGUAAUAUACCCAAAAACAUGACCAAGACGGACAUAAAAGAGUUGUUUGGAUGUCCAAACAUUGAACACAAAAAUGUACUACAUCUGCUUGACCAGGAAGGCAACAGAACGGACACAGCAUUUAUCAUGUUUAACCACACUGAGGAUUAUGACUAUGCAAUGCAUCUCAACGGCUGCCAUGUGGGCCCUGAUGCCAUUGAGGUCUUAUCAAUCACCAGGGAGAAGAUGAGGUCCAUGGUGGCCAAAACCAAACCCAGGAGUCUUAACCAGCAUCUGAAGUUGGACAGAAAGAGGAAACUUAUUGGAAAGAGGAAAUCCAAUUCAGCUGAGAAGCCAGGAGGGAAGAACCUGGACUGA